GAGGGUAUUUAUGCAAAACUUUCCAGGUCUGUAUCGUCUUUCAUUUGCAUGUGGUCAGGAAGUGGAUAGAAGAAGGCCUCAGAACCGUAUCCAUUGGAAGACAGGAACCAGGGGGUUUUGCUGCUGUUCUUUGGAGGAGAAGAGAAAUGGGAGGCUUGCUCUUGCCGCAUCACCGAACCUUUCCAAAUUCUUUGCAAGCUUCCAUCCCGGGACCUCUCUCUCUUCACAAAGGCGACCGCAAAAACCUUCAUUACUUUGCACCUGAUGUGCACCUCUUCUGUUCCCUGCGGCAAGGCUUUCCACGCUCAUCUUGGUCGGCCGUCAUCAGAUCAGAAGCCAGCGGCAACGCGGUGGCGUCGCCAGGCACGGUCAUCAAGCGUAGCAAGGAGGAGCUCAUCACCUUCUUCAGAGACAUACAGACAUCCAUUGCCGAGUGCUCGCGUAAAGCUUCCAAGAGGACGAGGAAGCAGCCGCCUGAUCUGUUCCAAGAGGUCCGCAGGAGGGAGGAACAGUCACACGGCACAGGUGGAGGAGAUAGCGGCACCGACGACGUUUCAGAGGGACCGAGGAAAGUGAAGAGUCUUGAGGACAUGAACGUGGCUGGAUUGAGAGAGUUGGCGAGGGCCAGAAGGAUGAGGGGUUACUCCAAGCUUAAGAAGGGCGAGCUCAUUGAUCGGUUGAGAGGGGCUACUACGUAAUAAACUACCAUGAUGCAGAGCAGCUUCGCAGUUAAUAGGGACACAUGUUCUUUUCGAACGUAUGAUGAGAUUACCGAUCAAAAAAUUGUAUGAUGAUGAGAUUACCGACUUUCCAAACGAUCUAGUCAGUUCAUUGAUAAGAACUAGAACAAUGUGUGUAGUUAUUAUACUAUAGAACCGGUGGAGCUGUAUUGUUGUACUACGCCGAAACUUUUGUGUAGGCAUGGCAAUCUCCUGUUGUUACGUAAGUUACUUUGUUAUGUACGGAAUUAGUUUCUCUAAAUCUACCAUGGAUUGUGUAUUUCUACAACAUCUGUUUGGAAUUUGAUGUACAUUCUAACUAGGUGGCAAUUGGCAAAUAAAGAAGUUUAAAAUGGCC